GGUCAAUUCGAACACUUUGACUGCUAGUCUAGACAAACUCCUGAAGGAAGCAUCUGGAACUCCACCCUCUCCCUCGCAAACCAAAUGUGAACCGGCAACCACUAGGAUCGACUCUGAGUCUGAAGAGAGUAGAGUUUAUGGAAAAGGGGUAGAAUGGAGUCAGAACACAUCAGCCUAUCAGAGAGAGAUACUAGCUGCUUCUCCAGAGGCAGAAACUUUGGGAAAUUCAGCUCUCUCCCAGAAAGCUCAAAGCGGUGAGUGCCAGCUAAACACGGAGAACUUGUUUCAGAUGGCUGCAGAAGGUUCUUACCCAUUGGAUCAACCUUCCUAUCACCACAGAAAGGGUUCUUUUGGGGAUGUGGCCAACACUCGCCAAGGUAUGCCUUCUUCUAAGGAUGCUCAUCUUGUUCCUCAGAAUAAGGCACUACCUUCUCAAAGGGAAAUUUCUGAGACUAUAGAAAAAGUUCUUCUUUUACCCAAACCUGCACUGAAUGAUGUAAAGGCUGUAUUACAAAAGCUACUUAGAGAAGCUUGGUUGACUUAUCCAGUUGGGAGGGAAAUAGUCUCUGGAGAAGUAAAAGCAGAAUGUCCUGAAGGUGUGCAGGUAGAAGGUAGCCCCUCAAAUUCCCUGGGAGUUAUCCCAUCACAGACUACAAUGGACAGCAUAGUUCCAGACAGAAAGGAUUUGUAUUCCUUCAGUGUAGUUCCUGGUAAAACUCAUAAAGUUGGAUCUUAUUUAGCUGCCCAGAUGCCUCCAUCAGAACAAACCCUUAGCUCAUCUGCUUCUACUGUUGCUCAGGAUGGCAAAGAGUUCUCUCAGGAAGUGACAGAAACUGUGAGGGAAACAAUCAUUCAACCUAAAUCAGAGCUCCUUGACUUCAGUGCUGUCUUAGAAAAACUACUGAAGGAAACAAUUGAAACCCCCUGCUCAAAAUAUGACAGUGAUACAGGGACUCUUUAUUCAUCAAAGUUAAUAGGGAGUACUGAGGUGCCCAGGCAAGCUGCUUCUGAAUUCCAUCCUAAGGAAAUAAACAGUAGAAAAGUCUGAGGCUCCAUCAAUUACUGGGAGUGCUUUUGAGAUUGGCUUUGAGAAAACUCCUUAAAGAAUCAUCUAAUGGUCCUUCUUAUCAGCUCCAAGUGUCAGUGAAGGAAGAAACUCCUGAGAAGGAGCCUUCACAGUCAAAGCAGGCCAGGUUCUUGGGGAAAGUGCCCUCUUUUUACUGGACAGCCUCAAAGGCCUCGGAAAUGAAACUUAAGAGUAAUGUUUUCAAAUCUCAAGUCAGUCAACGUGAUAAAGUGUUGGGAAGAGACAAAGCUCUGACUGAUUUACCAAUAGAUCUCUGUGGUUUUGAAAGUGGGGUUGAGAUCCCUGGAACCUCACAACUUUCUGUGGACCAUGAAAUAGGGACCACUGAAACUAUAAAACCCCCAGAGGACAGGAAUUAUGAAAGUGAGGUUGCAGUAGUUUGAGAAGGGGCUUUUCAGGAGCUUGGUAUCAAAGAGGCUCCUGAAGCAACGAACGUGCCCAGAAAUAGGCAACCCAUUCCUCUCCUGACAAACAAAGAAAACUCUACAAAAAUAAGUAAAGUUGAAUUGAUUCUGGCAUCACCAUAUAAGAGACAAGAGAAAAAGGAAGAAAAAGAAGGUUUCUCUGACUCUGAUUUUUCAGAUGGAAACAUCAGUUCUAAGGCAGAAAGCUGCAGAAAUACCUCCAGUUCAGAAGAAGAACCCAGUCCUGUUUUGAAAACUUUGGAAAGGAGUGCUGCUAGGAAAAUGCCUUCCAAAAGUCUAGAAGAUAUUGCAUCAGAUUCAUCAAAUCAAGCAAAAGUAGAUAAUCUGCCAGAAGAAUUAGUGCGUAGUGCUGAAGAUGUUUCCACAGUGCCGUCACAGCCUGAUAAUCAGUUUUCCCACCCUGACAAACUCAAAAGGAUGAGCAAGUCUGUUCCAGCAUUUCUCCAAGAUGAGAGUGAUGACAGAGAAACAGAUACAACAUCAGAAGGCAGUUACCAGCUCAGCAGACACAAGAAGAGCCCGAGCUCUUUAACCAAUCUUAGCAGCUCCUCUGGCAUGACGUCCUUGUCUUCUGUGAGCGGCAGUGUGAUGAGUGUUUAUAGUGGAGACUUUGGCAAUCUGGAAGUGAAGGGAAAUAUUCAGUUUGCAAUCGACUAUGUGGACUCACUGAAGGAGUUGCAUGUCUUUGUGGCCCAGUGUAAAGACUUAGCAGCAGCAGAUAUUAAAAAACAGCGUUCGGACCCAUAUGUAAAGACUUAUCUGUUACCAGACAAGGGCAAAAUGGGCAAGAAGAAAACGCUUGUAGUGAAGAAAACGUUGAAUCCUGUGUAUAAUGAGAUACUGCGGUAUAAAAUCGACAGGCAAAUCUUAAAGACGCAGAAACUGAACCUGUCUGUUUGGCAUCGAGAUACAUUUAAGCGCAAUAGUUUUCUAGGGGAAGUGGAACUUGAUUUGGAAACUUGGGACUGGGAUAACAAACAGAAUAAACAAUUGAAGUGGUACCCUCUAAGGCGGAAGACAGCACCAGUUGCCUUUGAAGCAGAAAACAGAGGUGAAAUGAAGUUAGCUCUCCAGUAUGUCCCAGAGCCAAUGCCUGGUAAAAAGCUUCCUACAACUGGAGAAGUGCACAUCUGGGUGAAGGAAUGCCUUGAUCUACCACUGCUAAGGGGCAGCCAUCUAAAUUCUUUUGUUAAAUGUACCAUCCUUCCAGAUACAAGUAGGAAAAGUCGCCAGAAGACGAGAGCUGUGGGGAAAACCACCAACCCUGUCUUCAACCACACCAUGGUGUAUGAUGGGUUCAGGCCGGGGGACCUGACGGAAGCCUGUGUCGAGCUUACCGUCUGGGACCAUUACAAAUUAACCAACCAGUUUUUGGGAGGUCUUCGGAUUGGCUUUGGAACAGGGAAAAGCUAUGGUACUGAAGUGGAUUGGAUGGACUCUACUUCAGAGGAAGUUGCUCUCUGGGAAAAGAUGGUAAAUUCCCCCAACACUUGGAUUGAAGCAACCCUGCCUCUUAGAAUGCUGUUGAUUGCCAAGAUUUCCAAGUGAACCCAAAGUCCACUGGCUCCUCCACUGAAAACUACUAAACACGUGGAAUCUGAUCUUAAAAAUGUUACCAUGUAGACAGAGAUCCUCACCUUCUAUCUAUUGCCAUAACAAAUGCUACACAGCAUGUUAAAGUCAACCUGCAUGAACUUCUUUGGUUACAAGGCCCAAGAGACUUAAAUGAUAACGAAACAUGUAAUGUGUCUGUGACUCCAACAUUAAAGAAGAUGUUUGAGAAAGUUAACAAAAUCAAACCAUUGCUGCUGCUUCAAAGAAAAAGCUGCCACAAAUAAUUAAAUGUGGGGUGUUGUUAAUGAAAAGAGUUUUCCAAUUUGCCAUCAUGUGUUUC